AUGGAAGCUCUUGAUCCUCUUAGUCAGGAUCCCAGGCCAUCUGAGGAACGUGCCAUUAAAAACGAUCAACCUUACCAUUUAAAUUAUGAAUGGAACGACGUCCCAUCUACAUUCAAAACAAUCAAUAAGGAUGGUCAAUACAAACAAUUUUCUCCAAUUCCUUAUAUCACUAGUUAUAUUCCUACAUUGAAUACGCCUGCUGCUACCGCGGAGCUUAUGAAGGAAGAAAGGGAAGUAAAUCUACAGAAAUUAAGGAAUUACUAUCAUAAGGAAGCAUUGGACUCUUUGGCAACACGGAAAGAUAGCUAUGUCUCUCAAAGUACCAAUUCGCCUCAGAGCAGAUCUUCAAGACGUAGGACCUCACUAUCCCAUAGAUUCUCAUCAUGGAACAUGGAUCGUCUUCCUGAAGAGCAGAAGUCCACAAAUUCUUUUAGCAUUGACACUACUCAGGAAAAUCAGGCCACUGAGGCAGCAAAGGUUUACAUUAAGUACCGUCAGAAAUUUUCAUCGAACUGCGACUCUUUUUCUUCCGGUGAGAUAUCUGAACGUGAGGAAAAUAUGUGGGUGCCGAUUGCUAGGUGGCAACCAAGCUCUCCGGACAUGGAGCCAAAGCUGUACACAUCCUAUAAAAUCAAACUCAACGUUCCUUAUUCAGAAACAUGUCCAAUUACUAUUACUAAGCUGUAUCCCCCAAUUUUUAGUGACACUAGAGUGCCUGCCCUAACAUAUCAUUCCAUUGUUAAUUUGGAUAGCUGUUUGUAUAUUUUUGGAGGAAUGUCACCAUCCUAUUCUUUCUCCGAAGUUUCCCCGGACUUAUCCAGUUUUCACGUAGACGGAAUAAAACACCUUCCGCCUCCAUUAGACGAAACAAUCAUUAAUAACCCGGCUAUGCUUCCAAGUAAUAAGUUGUACACAUUUUCUUAUACGUCAACAAAGUGGACUGAAGUGAAUGCCACAGGACAGAUCCCUCCCGCUUUAGUUUGUGUCCAGGGCUCUAUUUUAACCGACAGGCAUAUAUUCUAUUAUGGUGGCUUUGAAAUAAAACACGAAGUUUCAAUUGAUCCUAAAACAAACGAAUACUACAUUAAAAAGCGAGCAAUAUUGAACGAUACUGCAUAUAUAUUGGACACUUUGUGCUACAAGUUCACCAAAUUACAGCUUGUUGCGCAACCUACAAAAUACGUGAAAUAUCCGAAUACAGUCCCCAGAUUUGGACAUCUACAGGUUUCAUUGAAAACACACACCCAUAAAUCUACCAGAAGUUCAACAUCAGGUACUGAUUCUCCCCCUUCUUCAUUGUCAUCCUCAACAGCUGAAAAGAAUUCCUCUACUAAUACUUUCGAAGACCCUAUGAUGAAUUUUGUAUCCUCAUCAAUGGCAUUGAGUUCCGAUAAUAUCAUUUCCCCAACCUCAUCAAGUUCACCCGGUGUUUACAGCAUUUUAAUUAUGGGUGGUUAUAGAGAAGGCGGAGAUGGCAAGUUCAUACCGAUAUCCGAUUUAUGGAAGGUCGAAGUGACCGUCCUAUCUCGGGGCAAACGUAACUUUUUGAAGUUUGCUGACACCGCAUUAGUGACAAUAAUAUCUAGAUUACCACAAAACGCAGUUGAUGAAGCAUUUCUGAGGGACUAUUACAAAAAAUGGCCUUUACCUAGAGGUUUUAUGGCAUCUUAUGUCGUAGAUACAGACUCUUUGAGUCCGAAAUCUAUGGACGCAGAUCUGUUAGACAGACUAAUGCAUAAUUUCAAAAUAGUUGACAAUAUUAACGAUGAACCCGUUGUAAACGAGCCGAUGAUUCCAGGAAGAACCAUGAAUUCCAGCACUAGUCCCAAAAGAUUAAAUAAGUCGCUAAUAAUACAUGGAGGUUCCGCAAAUAAGUUUAUUCACGGUGAUAUGUGGUGUUAUGAUUUAGAUGAGGGAACUUGGACAAAACUAUCAUUGAAAGCCAAGGACAAAGAGACCGGAGAGCUCAAAAUAGUUGAAUUUCCUCUUACGGGACACACUUUUGUACAUAAUAAACAGAUCACCGUGGUAAUUGGAGGAUUGAGCCAAAAAGACGUGGAUUCUUCUUUAUACUGGAAAGACUACAAGUAUGACGAAAAACAUCAACAUCCCAUGCAUGAUACCGAUGGAACCUUCACGUUCAUCAGUUUACCAUCUCGGGUAAUUAGAAACUUCGAAGUUGUUAACAUCAUGAAUAGAGCCAGAACAAAAUAUACGGAAGAUAUGCCUUUGUCUGCGCUGAGACUAUCAUGUAAUCCCAUCGUCUACGAUCAAGACUACAUAUGGACGGUAGGAGGUCUUAUAACGGAUACGGAAAGCUGUGAUGUUUUCCUACGUGGUGCAAUAUCAUUGGUAAACUUACCAUUGAUUGAUAUCCCAGGUGUAUAA